AUGGAUCAGAUGUUAGAAAUGCUUUCUGGGAAGGCCUACUAUUGCUUUCUGGAUGGAUACUCCGGAUACAAUCAGAUUGUUGUAGACCCGGUGGAUCAAGAGAAGACAGCUUUUAUAUGCCCCUUUGGAGUGUUUGCCUAUCGAAGGAUGCCUUUUGGGUUAUGCAAUGCACCGACUACUUUCCAGCGGU